UCGCCGCUCCCGCAACUCGCCGCUCCCGGCGCUCCAAACCGCUGCAACGCAACUCUCCCACAAUCUCGACGCACAAAAAGCACACGCGAAUUCAAAAAAAUAAAACUCGCUAAAAAUCCAUUAUAUUAUACGCGCAUUCGUCUUACAAGCCGCAAAAACCGUAGCCUCCGAGCGGCGAUGGAGGAAAACUACCUGUCAGUCGCUUUCCACGCAUCGCGCCGCAAGGAAGCAGCUCGUGUGCGUCGCGAAAAUCGAAAACAAUCGCACGACACACGCGAAUAAAAUUUUAUCGCGAGUGAUUAGAGUGAUUAACGCACGCAAAUCUUCACAAACACAAGCGGCGUGAUCAAAACCAUUAUAAUUAUAUACAGUGUGUAUGUGUAAAAUGUCAAAACAUGAAAAAACAGUGAAAUAACCUCAAAAUGUUAUUAAAAAACGUAUUUUUUCUAUAAAAAUAAUUAAAAUAAACAUAAUAAAUGUUAUUUUCAAGGAUUUUAUCUAAAAAACAAACAAAAAACAAUUAAAAACUAAAACUUACGUGUUUUUAAAAUGAUACUCAACGAAUCACUACUCACAAUAGACAGUAACCUAACCUCAAUUAUUGAGUUUGAGCACAACGAAACUUUCCGCAUGACUCACACUCACCCUCCGCUAAACAUCAACUCGACCCCUCGCAAUGAAGACGAAGACGUGCUCUAUCCAAUAGAAUGGGUAAUACCAAUCACAGUAGUCUACGGCAUUAUAUUCAUCUUUGGUUUGGUGGGAAAUGUGUCAACUUGCAUAGUCAUCGCACGCAACAAGUCCCUACACACCGUCACCAACUACUAUCUCUUCAGUAUCGCCAUCUCUGAUCUGCUUCUGUUAAUAUCAGGAUUACCACCCGAGAUGUACCGCAUCUGGUCGCCUGCAACGUAUGUUUUCGGUGAGGCGUUCUGCGUGUUGCAGGGAUUCGCCGCUGAGACUUCAGCGAACGCUACCGUGUUAACCAUCACUGCUUUCACCGUUGAGCGAUAUUUAGCUAUAUGUCAUCCCUUUCUAUCGCAUACGAUGAGUAAUCUAUCGCGUGCUAUAAAAUAUAUCCUGGCGAUCUGGGUGAUUGCAUUGUGUCUGGCUGCACCGCAGGCGAUUCAAUUCGGUGUGGAAUAUGAAAGAAAAAAUGGCGUCGAGUUGAGUCGCUGCACAGUGGUGGCGAAUGAUUUCUUUCAACAUGCGUUUGAGAUUUCGACGUUUAUGAUUUUUGUUGGUCCGAUGACACUUAUAACAGUGUUGUAUAUUUUAAUCGCUAUUAAAUUGAAUAAGUCGAAAAUGCUGAGGAAUAGCAAACAACAGAGGGCGUCACUUGCAUCGAAUGCAACCUGUAGUGCAAUGGCGAUUGGCGGUGGUGAGGUUGUGGUUUCCCGUGCGUCGAAAAAGAUGCAAGCGCAGAAUCGUGUCAUCAAGAUGUUAGUUGCUGUAGUGGUGGCUUUCUUCAUCUGCUGGGCUCCAUUCCACGCCCAACGUCUACUGGCGGUGUACUUGAGCGCCGCGUCCCCGGAAGCGCAGAAGAUGUGCAUUGAGAUCUACAUCGCUCUGAUGUACAUUUCCGGCGUGCUCUACUUCCUUUCAACCAUGGUCAACCCAAUUCUCUAUCACAUUAUGUCGAACAAAUUUCGACAGGCAUUCAAGAAUACAUUUUAUGGCCUAUGCAAUCGUGGCACCCCAGAAAAACGCCAACGAACAUACUCAGUCUUAUCAAGAUGUCCACCAUCAAUGCGCAACUAUCAACGCUCAGUCUCCGACGGCGUUCAAAACUGCGCUGGAGAAGAACAACUCUACAUGAUGGACCUCCAAAACGCCAACAAUCCACACGGAACAAAACGCUCCAGUCUAAAACACAACGGCCACACUGGUCACACCGUCCACCAUCAACACACGAAUGGACACGGACACAACCACGCCGAAACAAACAUAAACUCUUCAACAAACAAACCUCUUUUACAACAAAACAAAACCACAUCCACAGAAGGAUACCGUACAAGAGUCCACUCCCAAUCCAGUAAUACCACAAUCGUGACAACAAUCAGCAACAACUUACCAUCCGAUAAAAGUUACCAACCACACCUGAAGACUCUCAAAGAAACCGACAAUAAUAAAUACUUCGUGAAGUUCUUUAAGAUCUUCAACCACAACGACGAGAGUAAACCAGACCGCAAAUGUAAGCAGAAGAUCAAAACCAAACGAAAGCAACGCAAGGAGAAAGAUAGCGGAAUCGAUAACGACGAGGAAGCCAAUGGUAAAAUGCUCGUUAACGAUGAUAUCAGCAAUUCAAGUCUACAGGACUGUGAAGAGAUGGAGUAUUCCAGUACAGAUCUGAUGAAAUACAUGGAGGAGGUGAAUGUUGACCUCACAGUGAAUUCAAACUCCGCAAAUACAUAGCACAUGGGGCGAAUCGUUGCCAGAGCAAUGUUCCAAGGAAAGUCUGACAUAGAAGAAUGUGAUGAGGUCGAAGAGAGCAAGAUGACUGAAGAUCUGAAUUGAUUCUUCAACGCAUACUAAAUACGUAACGUAAUCAAAAUCAAACUUGAUACAGAAAGUAUUGAGUACACUUAAAUGACUUAAAUCAAACAUCGAGCUUGCAAACAAGUUGCAUGUACGAAUCUAUUAUAAUCUAAGUGUUAUGUCAUUCGUAAUCUGCGCCGCCAUUUUGAUUAAUGUUACAGUGCUGCCCCCAUGCUCCAUCAAUGUGCAUUCUGCAUUAAAUCUGUGUCAAAAUGUAAUGUUUCCAAGUCAAAGUCAAAUAUUUAUGGCCUAAGAGUAAUUAAUAACGUUCAGCAUGUAAGAUUAUUUAUGUCCAACUGUUAUGAACGAAGAGAUUAAUAAAUAUUUUAACAAAUA